AUGUGUAGAAAAAAAGCAUUAGCGUUAGCAUUAUUUUCCAUUUAUUUCCUAUCAACAGAUGCUAGGAACGGAUCGUUUCCUGCGCUUUUGGCUUUUGGAGAUUCAAUUCUCGAUACCGGUAACAACAAUUUCCUACUGACUCUGAUGAAAGGAAACAUCUGGCCAUAUGGAAGGAGUUACACCAUGAAAAUUCCCACAGGAAGAUUUGGAAAUGGAAGAGUUUUCUCCGAUAUUGUUGCCGAAGGUUUGGGGAUCAAAAAAGUAUUGCCAGCUUAUCGUAAGUUGUUCACUCCUCCAAGCGAACUUAAAACCGGUGUUUGUUUCGCAUCAGGUGGUGCAGGAGUCGACCCUGUUACAUCCAGAAUGCUGAGAGUUUUAAAGCCAAAGGAUCAAGUAAACGAUUUCAAAGGGUACAUAAGGAAGCUAAAGGCCAUCGCAGGUCCUUCAAAAGCAAAGGACAUAGUUGCAAACGCAGUGAUUCUUGUUUCUCAAGGAAAUAAUGAUAUUGGAAUCUCAUAUUUUGGGACUCCAACUGCUAUUUUCCGAGGAAUGACUGCCGGUAGAUACACCACUAAGUUAGCUGGUUGGAAUAAACAGUUUAUGAAAGAUUUAUAUGAUCAAGGAGCUAGGAAAUUCGCGGUGAUGGGAGUGAUACCGUUGGGAUGCUUGCCUAUGUCAAGAAUCUUCCUUGGUGGGUUCGUCGUGUUUUGUAACUUCUUCGCGAAUAAAGUUGCCGAAGAUUACAAUGGAAAACUGAGGAAGGGGGUUAAAUCUUGGGGAAACGAAUCAGGUUUUCGCGGCGCAAAAUUUGUCUAUGUCGACAUGUUCAACACUCUUAUGGAUGUUAUCAAAAAUUAUAGAAGAUACGGAUUUUCCAACGAGAAGAAUGGGUGUUGCUGUAUGAUCACGGCGAUAAUACCAUGCCCCAACCCAGAUAAAUACGUCUUCUAUGACUUUGUUCAUCCCUCCGAGAAAGCCUACAAAACGAUUUCUAAAAAGCUUGUCGCCGAUAUCAAGAGUGGCCUUGCUUGA